GGAUAGAUCUAAAAGAAAAACAUGGUGGUUAUACGGCUUAUUUUAGUAAAAUUUAGACCUAGAGUUCUAUAGAUAUUAAACUUGGCGAAUGGCUUUGAAUGCUUUUAAAGAUGAUGAGAAAACAGUCAGAAUCACCAGGCAGAAAUAAGCAAGGUACCAAAAACGACAAGGCAUGCCAUAUGUCAAGAAGAAGGCCUCUUAGCUAUGAACCUGACUAUAGAAAUGGUGUGUCCUUUGGGGACAUUCCCUUACCACAAUCUGGACUUUUUCCCUAUGGCUUGAACUCAUCUGGUGAACUUCUUUAUAGGCCAUGGUACAGCAGUCCUAACUAUAUCAGCCAACAGAAUGGUGUCAGGCAUCAUUACCCAGGGCAACAAAUGUUUAUGCAGCACAGGCCAUUUGGAGGUGAAAAUAACUACUUUAGACCUUUGCGCUACCCCAGUCACUUCUCUCUUCCCCAUUCCCAUUUUUUGGACCAAUCUACCACAGGUUUUGUUGAGCCUAGACGCAAUAGCUUUCAUUUCCAUGGUGAUAACGGACAUUUUGAUGAAAUGCUAAACGGACAAAAUAGGGGCUUCAGGAAUGAUUAUGGUCAGGGAGCAAGACCAAAGUCCAGCCCAUUCCAGAAUGGCAAGAAAAAGAGUUAUAAAAGAAAAAAGAACCAAAACAAUUCCUCAAAUAUUUCAGAAGGUGGAGACAGUGAACCCAAGAAGGAUAAUGUUGAAUAUUUUGACCAGUUUCAGGAAACAGACAGCACAGCCGGGAAUGCAUCAACAAAAUCUAAUACUUUUAAUGACCUACAAAACAGUGCAAUAGAGUCUACAUGCUACAGAGAAAAUGAUUUACGUAAUCCCUUGGCUGAUAAUGAAAUGGAAUCUCCCCAUCUUAAUUCUGAUUCAGAUAGCCUGUUAGGUGCUGUUGGGGGUGAGAGCCGAAAUGUGUUUCAGCAAGCUGCUAAUCCCCCAGGGUCAAGCAUCUUGCCUUUUGAUAAAAAUUUGAUUGAUGAGGGUGCAAUUUGUGAUUUGGAUAAAAUGUUCCAGCGCCAGGAGUUUUCUUGCUAUGCUGGUGAUGUAGAGGACUUUGAAGAGGAUGAUCUGGAUAAAGAAGCGAAAGCUGUCAGCCCUUAUCAGAGUGUUUCUGAUGAAGACUCAGAGUUUGAAAACUGUUCCUAUGUGUAUGAUCCAAAGCAUUCUCAGACAUUAGAAAAUUCUCACUUCUUGUCCCACAACAAGUCUGGCUUGAGUAGUUUGUAUGAUGCUAGCAAAAGUACUGAGUCCAAAAAAAAUACUGUCAAUGGUGCGACUGCUCUUCCCUCUAACUCUGAAUCUCCGGAGGACACUGGAGACUUCAUUGACACUGACCUACCUGCUCAGAAGCAUCUGUUGUCUAGUUCUGAUGAAAUGGACAGCCACUCGUCCAGCAGUGACAGCGAGAUAGAUUCUCCUGGGGGAAUGACUUGUCGUAGUCACAAGCUGCACCAAGACUUCAACUCAAAUGACUUGUCUUCCUGUGAAUGUGAAAUACCCAAGAGGGUAGAAAUGCUUAGUAUUAGCAAAGAAAGCACCGAGUGCGGGUCUUAUACAUCUAGUCAGUUUAAAAACAAAGCCAAAGAUAUUUACAAAGAAGAAGUCAGAUCUAAGAAACUGUCAGCCCAUUCAUACAAUAGUAGCACUAGUAGUGAAAGUGAGAAUGAUGAGCGAUCACCUUCCGGGUCACCUAUCAAAAACAUUGUACAUAAUUCUGUUCCUCAAGUGUGUUAUAAUUCUUCUGUCGGGUGCUUGGAUGGGGCCGCGGCAUCACAGCUUCAUGUUGAGCGCCCUCGCAGUACGCCAGAGACACAUUGCAGCUCAUGUCACCAUGGGGCGGAAAGCGAGAUUGCCCCGCCUGCCACCCUUCAGCGCUUCCAUUCCAACAUGUUCUAUGCCGGUGCCCCUGUUGGCGGCCACAGAGACAAUCCUACGUCCACUCAUGAUUUCUACUCCAGCUCAUUCUCAUCAGAUGUGGGUGCCUGCUGCUCUCAGCCUAUGGGGUACUUUGUUUCACCUGUAAAUGAUUUGAAUGCCUGCUUUCAUCAUAGUCAUCACAGUCAUGUCACUGUUGCUAAUGGUUUUACUGACAGAGACAGCCCAGGCGCUAACUUUAUUAAUGAUGAAAGCAAUAGGUUGCAGAAAGUGUUUGUGAAAUUUUCUAAUGAAGAUAAAGCUGAUGAAGGUGAAUCUCACUCAGCAUCUUGUUGUGAUCUCGAAGGUAGUGAUGGAAGAAAAACAGAGAAGAGUAGUGACAGUGGUGGCUCUGAGGAUCCAUUAAACCAUGAUAACAAUGACAAUGUUGACAUGGUCUUACUGCCCAUGGAGGAGGAGAUUGAGCCAGUGCAUCACAUGGGAGCUGGGCUCUGCGCUGGCGGAGUGGAUGAGGAUGAUGACCUCUACCAUGACAUCAGCGGUCAGUUGGCCACCUCUGGUAGACUGGGAAGCAAUACAGGCUACAUGUGUGAUGACCAUCAGUAUCACUAUGCUCUAGAUCAGAACCCUUUAAGCAAUGGAAUGCCCAGCAAAGAGUUUUAUGAAUUAAUCAAAACAGUGAGCACCACAGACAGUUACAUGAGAUUUUUUGAUAAAGAUGGCCAGGAUGUUCAGAGACAGCCGUUGGUACCAUGUGGUGAAGACAGCAAGCAAGGCACUAUGCCAGGGGGAAGCAAUUCUAAAACAGAGAGGUUGAAAGUAGAUCGGGUCAUGAUCUGGAAUGAGUAUGAGGCUUACGUGAUGCAGUUUAAACAGAUAGCUGUGUCUGCCUGCGGACAAACUGCAGUUCUGAAUGUUUUGAAAGCUCUGAAGUUCAGCUGUGAGAAGUCAGCUGUAUGUAAAGUGAUACAAACAAGUCUGAGGAAAGAAGAUGCAUGUGUUCCAGAAUACUUGUUCUCAAGGGCUAAAGCUGGCACCACUGCAGAGGAACUGAUGUCAGGGGUAGAGAAACUGAGCAAUGGAGCAGUUGGUGGAAGGUUCUUUCAUUUCUGGCCUCCUCGCAAGAUCAAGCUUCUACAGUGGCUUGCUUACUGGAUGAAAAGAGGAGCUAUCCCCAUGGCAACCCUUAAUCUCCAACAAGGCCCACAUUCCUUGUGGGGGCAGGUUCCUGAUUCGUGGCACCACCAGAUGGUCUAUGGCGUCAGUCACCAAGGCUUGUAUCUGACUAACCCAUUGGAGAUUGUCUCUGAGAGAUCAGCCAUGAGGCAGUUGACAAGUGAUUCAGUUCUGAUGGUCAGGCGACAAGAUAUUAUCUCCAGAUUUAGAGAGACCACUGACCUGGGUCAGCUGCUAAACCAUCCGGACCCCAGAUGGAGAACUAGGAAUGUUUUAGGUCAAGUGGUGAAUGUGCUGAGAGAGUUCAACAUGCCAAGUGUCCCUGGAUAUCGCCUGCAGGUGACCUCCCAUGUCAGCAUCCCUGCGUCCUACAAGGCAGGCAUCACACUGUUCAUGCGCAAAGAUAAAUCGGCCUGGACAGAACUGCUUAGCGCUCCAGAGAUCCCGCUGGAGUAAGCAACCCCUUGCCAAUGUCUGUCUGGUACAGUGCUGUUUUGUGUCUUUGUUUCUAUGGAUGUAUGGUUGGGUCAUGUUUCAAGCUCACACAUUAAUACAUUUUGUUUUACAUAGAUGAUGUAAAUAGUAUUGAAAAGCAUUUGUGUGUGUGUGUGUCUGCUACAUUCUAAGUUAAAUACAAGUGAAAGAGAGAAAUAACUUAUAGCCGCUACAUCUUUGUAAGUAUGAAAUAUAAGUGUACCUAUCAAUCUAUGUAUAGCACUCUGAAGUUCAAUUAUCAAAGUUGUAUGUCCAUGGUUGUGAAGUAGGAAUCAUCUGGAGGAGCUAUUGUACAUUUUUACAUGUUAUCAAUACUUUUUGAUUUCUUAAAAACAUUUUUUUUCUUUGUCUUACUUUAAAAAGAAUAAGAAUUUGGUUUCUUACAGAAUUUUUUUUUUACUUUUCUAAUUGCUUCAAUGUGAAGGUGCUUCCAGAUGAUGUUGAAAAAUGUUUCAACUUUCUAGUGUUGCCUUGAAGUCAGGGAUAAAGUAUUGGAGAACAUUUUGAGUUGCAAAAUAUUUUGAUUUCAAUUAAAGUAGAACUUUAAUGAUUUUUUAUAGGCAACCAGAACAUUUCUUCUAUUCUAGAAAUUGUUGUUCAGUGUCCUAAUAUUGAUCGCAAAUUUAAAUAAUGUUGAGAAAAAAAAAUGUGUAAAACUCUAUUUUUGUUUAUUUAUAAACAGCUAUUUUUAAUCAGUGUCAGCAAACUCUAUUUUUGUUUAUUUAUAAACAGCUAUUUUUAAUCAGCGUCACGCAAUCAUAAAAUGGUUGUGGUCAACUAGUUAAAUAUUUAGCUUUUCCUUGGUAACAAUAAAAGAUUUUUAUGAGCUUUAAUGAAAAGGAAUGAAGUCACAGUACAUUUCUGAGAUAAAAUCAUCCUGAAACAGCAACUGAAAUCUUUUUUUUUUUAAAUGGUAUAAAAGUAAGUUCCCCUUUCAGACCUUGCAAUCUAUUGGACAGAUGAUGUAAUGGUCAUCUGUUUCUGUGGCCCACGGUUAAUGAGGAUCUCAUAUGGCCAGCACAACGAAUAACCGCCUUUUCUUUUCAAGUACACAUUAGAGCUGGAUGGACUCAGAGGUACCCUAAAGAUCUAGGAAUUACAAAACCCUAUUGUUACCAGGAUUUGAACCUGGGACCCCCUGUUCAGGAGCCAAAGCGCUUUACCACUCAGCCACUGCGCCUUCCUUUUUUAAAUGGUAUAUUCAGGCAUUCUUGAAAAAAAAUGUCUCUAAAUAAAAUGUUAAAAUUUUUGUUUAGGUGCAGUAUAUACAUCUCUAUCUAAUCCUGUUGCCCCAUGUGUCCAUCAUUUACAUUUGGUUUUAAGUCAAUGAAAUACUACAGUCUACAUUGGUCCAGUGUAUAUAAAUGAGCCUACCUGCGUACCCUUAUAAAAAGGAUAGAGCACAUAAAACUUUUGUUGACUUUCAAAUUCUGUUUUGUUUGGAUGUUGGCAACACUUGCUGUUAGGGUGAGCAUCGGUGAAGUCAAAGUUACCUAAUGACAUAACAUGUAGGAAAUGCUUCCUUUUUUUUUAGCUAUUUAUAAGAGUAUGCAAGCCAUUGCAAAGACAGGAAGUUAGAAGGAUAUCAUUUUUGUUAUAGAGCCUUAAAAUGUCAGUUGAUCCAAAGUGUUAUGUCACACUGCGGUUUAAUUAACUAUUUCUAUGUGUCAUUAUUUUGUAAAUUUUUUUUUUGUAAUUUGCUGAAAAUCGAAAAAUAUGAAAAAAGUGAAACUUUCUCUCCACUAAAAUCAGCCAAGGGCAUAGACACUAACUGUGAAUUUGAAAUUGACUUCCUAGUGUGAAACACCAAAUCAAAGUCAGAAGAUUGAUUCUGGCUGAGAGCUCAGGGAAGACGUGAUGCCCAGGACUAGUUCAGUGGUUUGUUGCUUAAACUUUUGAACUAGUAAACAAGGCGUCAGAGUAAGACGUUGUGUCUUUCACUACACUAAAACAUAAAUUGAACAGAAAAUUAAAUCCAUUAUAGAAUGUAGCAAUUUAAAAUGAAAAAAAUAAUUUUGGUUUCAUGAAAUUUUCAUAACAUUUCUUUAGCCAGCUGAUUGCAAUGUUGUUAUUUUUUUAAAUUGGUCUGCCUUAUUCUAUUCCAAGCUAGUCAUUCAAGCUAAUGAGUGCAUAGUGUAUAUGAUAAAGGCUGACAUGUAUGUUUAUUAUAGUAUUAUUUUUCUGGUGCUUUUGGAGCAGGGAGACGCUCUUGAGUAGAUGUGUAGAAUAGAUUAUUUUUACAGACAAUAUUUUCUUAGUAUUGAAAUUAUUUCAUUUCUACCUUUCAAAAUACUCUUAUUCAUUAGUCUGUGUAUGUAUGUGGGUGUGUGUGUGUUGUUUUUACUUAUUACUGAUGAAUUUUUUCCUCGAUUAAAUUUAAUUAAAAUUUUUGUUCAGAAUUUGUGUGGGACGUAUGAUUGUCUCUUGAUCUGAUUGACCAUCUAGUUUGUUCUGGGUUUUUGUUUGGAGAAAUUUAGAGGUUGAGUUCUUGAAGUACUUUUGUUUGGUUCAGUUUCAAGAUCUUGUUGAAAUACUGCAACAUUUGGAUUGUUGAUUCGAUUUGAUUUGUAUUUUACAGCAAACACCCAAUCUGCACACCAGCAGACUCAUUUUGUAAUUAUUUUCUAAUCAUUAUUUGAACUGUUCUGACAGAUCUGUAGGUCAAAGCACACAAAACAAAAGGUACUUUUAGACCUUGGCCCUUUAACUGGAUUUCUCAUUCAUCUGUCUUUGUUUUAAAGUUGUUUUUUUUUAAAAAUAAAAACUAAAUAAAAUUAUUUUUUGUUUUAUAGUUUUAAGGGUGAUAAUUUUUUUUUUUUUGGGGUGGGGGAGGGGAAAGUAAUCUAACAUUACUGAGUUAUGAACCCUGAUUUUUAAAAAAAAUAUAUUGUGUUUAUCUAUAGUAUUUAUAGUGUUUAUAUAGUACUUGUACCUUACAUGCUAGCCUUUGUAUACUGAAAAACAAACCUAAGACAUCCUUUCAACCACAAGGUUCAUUACUUAUGUUUUAGAAACAACUAAUUGGAUUUUAUGUCACAUGGUCUCUAGAGGGAAAUCGAAUAUUGUGAUGUAUAAACCUAUGCUCAUUGUGCCCAUUUAAUGAGAUUUAGUGUGUGUAUAAAGUUACGAAAGCACAUAUAAAAAAUGAUUAUAUUGUUCAAGUGUGGACUGUUGAAUUAGGUUUUUAGGAUAGGAAGUGGAUGUUGUUGUUUUUUUGUCAUAAAAAGUAUGUUGCAGGGUUGGAAAGAUUGUAUAUAUAUAUAUAUAUAUGGGAUUCUAAGCAUCAUUUAGGUACAGUUUUGAAAAAGUAUUUUGUUUGUUUACUACUUUACAAACUGGUCUAGUAAUGAACAUCAUGGUGUUAGCUGUUUCCUUGGAAACGAUGUGACAACCUGUCUUUCCCCCCCCCCCCCCCUCCCCCUUUUCAAAAGUCACCACCUAUCCUGUCUGAGAGAAGCUCAGUUGAAACUCUUAGCUAGAUUUUGUUCAUGCUUUAGGAAUGUCAGUGGAACAUACCAAUGUAUAGCCAUUUAGUGUUGGGCAUGUUUAUUGUGUUAUACAUAGCAGCCUGGGAACCUGUACAGUUUGUGUAGAUUGUUCAUAGUAUGAAUGUAGUGGUGAGGACUUGUGUAUGAACUCCUGUUUGAAUGUUCACUUUUUUUAAAACAGUAAAACCCAUGGAGCAACCUGUGAUGACAAAGUCUGGAGCUGCUUGCCUGACUCUGUUAACUCUUGUACAGACAUUUUGAUUAUUGCAUUAAAAUGUGAUUUAACAAAGCAAA